AUGAGCACCUUCGACAGCAGCCUCAAGCCGCCCCUGGGGGGCUCCUGCCCCCUGCCGCCGCUGGGAGGUCGGCCCAGCCCGAAUCCGUGGAUGGCGUGCCUGUUCGGCAAGGAGAAAGGUAGGGGGGACAUCACCCGGCCGUCAGCCCCGAUCGACAUCCAGCCGGGGGCCAGGAGGAGAGACGCGGGUCCCCACGCCGGAUACGACAGUGCCCCUGAGACGGACGCCAUGAUCACCACAUUUCAGCGUUGCUUUGAUCGGCAUCCCAACAGCAGGCGCAGGAGGGGCAGGGCGGAGGGGGCGGAAACGCAGAGCGAGAGGAGCGCCGACGAAUCGUACGGCUCGUCCGGGCUGUGCCAGCCGGUCUGGAAGGAUGGAGGCAGCAACAGACAGAUCAAACGGGCGGUGCUUGAGGCGUCAGCUGCAACGCAAGCACACGUAAAAAAGCAAAUCGAGACCUGGUCAGAUGAUGCAGCCAGAAACGCAACACUGGGUUCCUCUGCACUGAAUGGCAGGGCUAAAGGCGGAGUCAGUGCUGGAUCAGAGCCUCCACCUUCAGAGCACAAGGUCACUGGGGAGGAGGGGGAAUUGGUGCCUCCAAAGCCUCUGAUGCCUACAGGGAAUUCGCCAAAACUAAGUCAUCCCUCAGCACUCCUAAAGGAAGAACACCUGAAGGGGCUUAUGGCAGCCGUUCCGAACAGAGUGCACCAAGCUGAUUGGCUGCUACUGUACAGCACCUCGAAACACGGUAUCAGCUUGCAGACGAUGUACAGGAGGGCGGCUGGCCAUGCCCCUUGUGUCUUGCUCAUGAAGGACCCAGGGGGGCACGUGUUUGGCUCAUACUGCUCAGAGGCCUGGAAGGUUGCACCCAGGUUCUUUGGCACUGGAGAGUCUUUUGUGUUCCAGCUGGAGCCCCAGCAAGUCUACUACCCAUGGAAGCGCAAACACAAGGUCCGAAACGACUACUUCAUGUUUGGCUCCACUGACUCGAUUGGUGUGGGAGGCUGUGGGCAUUUUGCCUUCUGGCUGGAUGGCGAGCUUCGGUGCGGACACUCUGGAGUGUGUGACACGUUUGGCAGCCCUUGCCUUGCUAGCAAGGGUGAGUUCAAGAUCGUGGUCCUGGAGCUGUGGACGCUGAUGUAG